GAAUGAAUUCGGCAGCAUCGGUCGGAUGGAAUCAAACUCUGCAAAAGCCGACUGAACCGAAUAGUAGAUUUUCUAUCUGGAAAUAAAUUACAUACCUAUUACAAUUUUGUUUAGUUACCGUACAUGAUAUUUUGAUAUUAUAACAUCUAAAAUAAAUCCGGCAAGUCCAAUAAAAGUUAUAUGUAGGUAUCCUAUAUAGCUAUAAUAUACUUGCUUAUCAACAAAACUUUGGUUUACGUGGAAUUUUGUGUAUUGCUUGUGAUAAGAUUAUCAAAACGUAACGCAGCGGUGCUUGAGUGCGGACGUCUCUCUUGUUAAUCCCUUAGCUCUUACACGAACCACUUACAAUGUCUGGCGACGAAGCUGGCAGUAGUGUCAAUAGUGCAAACAGUGCUAACAGGAAAGUGGCUCUUAUCACCGGCAUUACAGGACAGGACGGAUCAUACUUAGCUGAAUUCCUAAUAGAGAAAGGGUAUGAAGUACAUGGCAUUCUGCGCCGGUCUUCGUCAUUCAACACAGGGCGCAUCCAGCACCUGUAUGAGCAGCCUACGUGCCACACCGGAGGGAGGAUGCAUCUGCAUUAUGGGGACCUGACAGACACCACCUGUCUCAUUAGUAUUAUUACUAAGACGCGUCCGCAUGAGAUCUACAACCUGGGCGCGCAGUCGCACGUGAAGGUGUCGUUCGAGCUGAGCGAGUACACGGCGCAGGUGGACGCGCUGGGCGCGCUGCGGCUGCUGGAGGCCGUGCGUGCGGCCGGGCUGGCGGCCGUCAGCCGCGUGUACCAGGCCUCCACCUCCGAGCUCUACGGCAAGGUGCUCGAGGUGCCGCAGACAGAGACCACGCCUUUCUAUCCGCGCUCGCCCUACGCAUGCGCGAAACUGUACGGCUACUGGAUCGUGGUGAACUACCGUGAGGCGUACGGCAUGUUCGCGUGCAACGGCGUGCUGUUCAACCACGAGAGCCCGCGCCGCGGCGAGAACUUCGUCACCAGGAAGAUCACGCGCGGCGUGGCCAAGAUCACGCUCGGCCUCAUGCCGCAUCUGGAGCUCGGCAACCUCGACAGCAAACGGGACUGGGGACACGCUAAGGACUAUGUCGAGGCAAUGUGGCUGAUGCUCCAACAAGACACGCCAGAGGACUUCGUGGUAGCGACGGGCGAGACGCACAGCGUGCGGGAGUUCGUGGAGAUGGCGUUCGCAGUGGUGGGGACGCGGCUGCAGUGGCGCGGGGAGGGGGAGGGGGAGACCGGCCACGACGCCGACACGGGGACGCUCCUCGUCAAAGUCAACCCCAAGUACUUCCGCCCUACUGAAGUGGACCUGCUGCUGGGCGACCCGUCGAAGGCCAGGCGACAGCUGGGCUGGGCGCCGCGGGUCACCUUCGCGGAGCUGGUGCGCGACAUGGUGCAGGCGGACCUCGCGCUCAUGCGCUGCGACCCUGCGGCGUAGUCACGGAAAUCAAAACGAUGUUACUGAGACUUUCGAGAGCAUCAUGCAAUACAACACCAACUGUGGUAAAGCAAUGACGAGCCAUACUAACCUUAAGUCACCAAAUAAUAAGGUUUAUAAUUACUUUAUUUAAAUUUAUUUUUAAAGAAAAAUUUCAUUUUUUUUUUCAAUAUUGAUUUAUUGUCUUCUCAAAAUAUGGAAAACCGAGCUUUACGAUGUCUUGAGAAAGUAUCCGAUAUUUGUUAAAAUAGGUAUAUUUUUAGACAAAUUAUUUAUUAUUGUAAUGAUUUAUUUGUCGUAAAAAAAUCCAAUCUUCUGUUGAAAUAGGAAGCUUUUUGCAUUUUCAAUAUUAAUUUAUAAUCCUUAUGUUUAUAUGACUAGACUUGCUUCCGAAUUAUUUUGAAUAAUAAUAUUAACAAUUAACUAUAAUAAAAUUAUUUAUAUACAUAUGAUCAACAUAGGCAUGUAUAUAGGUUCCUAUAUACAUGCCUAUGUCGCGAAAAGCGACGAAUUCGAAGAUAAGUGGCAGUUGGUACCAGCGAGAACACUUCCACCCUGUUCCCAGCAUACCAAGCCAUAGCUACAUACAAAUUGGAGAGUAAAUAAGGGGUUUUAUUAUUUAUUAAAUUCCAGGCAAAAAGUAAACAGUCUUUACUUUAGUUGACAUAAUUUACAUUGUGAUAAAAUGUGCCUAGCGAGUCGCGUAACACGCUAGGCGUGUCUUGCCAUUCUCGUUCAAGCACAAAUGUUGAGAGAAUUCAGUGGCCAAUGAAGUAUUUUAGUUUAGGUUAUGUUUUAAGAUUCACAUCACUGUUAGUUUUAAGUUUACAUAUUACUUAAAUAUUUUGUGUCGAUUCGAAUGGCAUAUAAUAUUUAAGACUUUUUACAUUUUAUCUCGUGCAAUUGUUUACUUGUAAGUUACCUACAGGAAAACCAACAUCAUUGUUUUAAACCUGCGGAUGAACUUUGGUUUCAUAAAUUAUGUAUAAUAGAAUAAAUCGUUAUGGGUUAUGGAGCAUAUUACAUCAUUUAAAUGAUGAAUUAUAUAAUAAAAGCUUGUGAAAUGUCCGACCAAAGAUGGAAGAUCUCUAGGAUUGGUUUUAUGCGCGUGCAUUUGAUAUCUAACACAUUAAAAUUAAUGGAGUAUUACAUAAACUUUGUAUUUAUUAAUCUUUUAUACCCUAACAUCACUAUUUUCUGCCUGUAUUGUAAAGCAAGGAAAUAUUUUUAUAUUAAGCACGUUGAUUUUCUUAAAUCAUUAAUAUAAUUUUUAAAUUUCGUUUCAGAUUAAACACAGGCAACACUAGGAAAUUACUAAAAUUGUAACUAAUGGAUUUAUGUGCUUUUGGUCACUAUCAUGAAGGAUUUCGCUUGAUCAAAAAACACUAUUGUUUAAAAUUUACACAGAUGGAACCAUAUUGCUUAAAAAGUAUUUUAGUAUUUUUAUACUGUGUGACCCUUUGUAAGAAUAAAAUGCUAGUAAUAAUAAAGUUAUUUUACACCUGCGCAAUGAAGAGAGAAGAAAUUACUUUAAAUAGUAUAUGAAUACACAACAACCUCGCAGAGCUAGAUAGUCGCCAACGUUGUAAACUUUCUCAAGGCAACUUUCGUCGGCAGGAUGUAUUUAUUACUAAUUUAAUUUGCCAUAAAGUGUGUGUUCAACUGGGUAAAAAAUAAAAUGUAGGUAUGUACUUAAAUAAUCAAUAUUAUAAUUAAAUGUUGCUUCCGCCCGUCCGCUACCGGUUUCGAUUCCCAGCGCGGAAAAGUAUAUUUGAGUGCCGUUCUAGGUGGAAGACUUUUGAAUGAGAGGUUUGAAGAAGUUGUCACAUAACGAAAGUUUUGACACGUGUUAAAACUUUCGUUGUUUGGCUGUUGUUAACGAUUUCAGCUUUCUAGUCGCGAGGUUUUUGAUGUUUUACAAAUAGCUCUGUACAAGCCACCUAAUCAAACUGGAAUAUUGUUACAUUCCAAGCUGUGACAAACACUUUGUAUGUGAUAAGAACAGUGACGUUGCUACACACGGCAAUGCCGUGGAAAUCCUGGACUCGUCCAAUGCGUUAUUAUAAUUAAAAUCCUAAUUAAAAAUAACGCCUUGAGCUUCGUAGCAACGGCACUGCAUAAGAAUAUAUUACUUGUAAACACUAUCAUAGGACAAGAUUAACAUCUUUUUUAUUUUCAAACUAUUUUAUUUAUUUAAGCAGUAUCGAAUUAUGUAAAUUUAUUGUGUAUUUAAAAUGUACAGAAUAAAAAAUAUGGUUAAUGACUGCAAGGA